AUGACAAUGACCCUCCCUCCAACCCCCUCCGUGUACAACGUGGCAGAGUCCUCUGGAGGAGCCCUCGUUCACGCCAGGAUGAUCACGGAGAUGUCGAGCACGGUGUUCGAGGGUAACGAUGCCGGCAACGAGGGCCCGGCCGUGCUCAGCCUCGGCAUCGUGGAGUCCAUGACGGGCGUGGUCUUCCAGGAAAAUGGCUUCUAUUGCCCGGUCGGGACCUAUUGCCGCGAAGUCUCGAUCGUUCCGGUGAGCUACGUCUUGUCGUUGAUAUGUCGGGAACACGGAAGAAAUGUGAGGAACGGAUGCUGCUAA